AUGUCUGAUUCGGAGGGAAAUCCAUCUCUUAUCGUUUCCUGGACCACACUGCCCCCAGAACCCUUCGAGACAAUCCUUACAUAUUUGGAUGUCGACUCAGUCAAGGCUCUCCGUCUAACCGACCGAAGAUUCGCGGAAAAGUGCGUUGGACCACGGUUUCUCAGCUUUAUUCAACAACCUAUUCUCGAUGUAUCAUCGCAGAAUCUUCGGUCUCUCUAUGCCUUGGCAUGCAAUCCUGCCCUCAGCAAGAUGAUCCAUUCUCUGACUUUCCUGGCCACAAGCCUGGAUUCUUCUGAAGCGGAGAAGAACGUGAAAUCUGGAAAUCACACUGUGCGGCGAAACCAUGGGGCUAUGUUCGAAACUACUACAACCCCCUUCACCGCAGAGGAAUUUUCGAACGCCAAAUCCAAUCUGAAAUGGCUGAAACAACAGCAAAAAGCAAGAGCCACGGAGUCGCCGAGUGAGAUGAUUGAGCUUCUUGAAGGCGUGCUUACAGGAUUUCACGGAUUGCAUUCUAUCCGGUUAGAUGGUGCGGCUCUCAAGGGGCCUACGGAGAGAGCGACGGCUUCGCAGGGGGAGUGGCAUUCUCUCUGGAUCAGAGCCUCACACGUAUUCUAUUUGGUUGUCACAGCCCUGGCGCAGAGCGGGGUCUCGGUGAAGACUUUCAACGCAUAUCGCCAGACUCAUAGAUGCUGUGUUACAUCUAAUGAUAUCACCAAAUAUGCAUCAGACCUCAACCCAAGGCAGCUAGAAAUAGUGAGCAAGGGUCUGGAAUCAUUUGAGCUGAGUACGUCGGCUGAGGUACAGACGGCUGUCAACUCUGCCAAAGUUCGAGGGAAAGGCGCAUAUACGCAAAGGGGAUAUUUUAUCACCCAACGAUCCUCGUGCAUUAGUAGCGGAGGGCACACCGGGAAUUUAUACCUACUCAAGUCCGCACAUGCACUUCGAGAGCUAGAUUUGUCUUUCCGUCAUGCCCUGAGAGAAGGGUGCCCAGACAGCUACGACAAGAUUAUUGAAAGUAUCGCCAAAGAAACCCAGUUCCCGAUGCUGGAAAAAUGUGCAUUUUCCGGAUUCCUGGCGAAAGGGGAGUCGAUUCUGUUAUUUCUCCAGAAACAUCCUAAUCUCCGCUUUUUCACACUUCACGAGUGUCAUUUGACCACUGGGUCAUGGCCACCAAUUUUUGCUCAUCUAAGUGAAUCAAUGCCAAAGCUAGAGAGCGUCAGCUUCUCAAACUUGUAUGGGAAAUGUGGGAUGCAGGGAGAGCAAGAGGGAGAGGAGGGCACGCAGGAACAUUCUGCGAUGGUGAAUCUGCAACCGAUUUGGGAUACCAAUCCACCACCAUAUCGGGAUAGCUUCACAAAAGGUCCAGGGAGACAGGUGCACACUAGGACCUUCAAUCGUGAAGAUUUGAAAAAGGGGCUUGUGUUUCCGCCAUUAGUCAAGUUGAGGGGACGAGCUAAGGGCUCCAGAGAGCUCAUGCGGUGGACGCAUACACGGGAAGAACGUUACGGAGCUCCAUAG